CUGGGUUGCUCUUUGCGGAUUGUGCUCUGCUUUUGUUGCUAGGCUAAGCCACCCUUCAGAGCCUGUAGGAGCAGCAGCAGGAGGAAUGAGAUGGCAAGAAAGAAACUGAAGAAAUUCACGACUCUGGAGCUUGUGCUCAGCACUCUUCUGCUUGCGUUGUUCAUCAUCACUGUUCCUUUGUUUGUGCUUUUAGCCAAAGGUCCCACGCAGUCGAAAGAUUCCGUCGAGUGCCCAGUGGUAGAUGAAUCGGAGCGGAUAAACUGCAUCCCUGACCAAACACCGACAAAGGCCACUUGUGAGCAGCGUGGCUGCUGCUGGAAUCCUCAGGGAGCUAUAACUGUGCCUUGGUGCUACUAUUCCAAGAAUCACGGCUACCAAGUGCAGAGUGAUCUUGUAAACACAAAUGCAGGAUUCACAGCCCAGUUGAAAAGUCUGUCUUCUUCAUCUCCCUUCGGAAAUGAUGUUGAAAACGUCCUUCUCACGGCAGAAUACCAGACAUCUAACCGUUUCCACUUUAAGUUAACUGACCCAACCAAGACCAGGUAUGAAGUACCCCACGAGCACGUGCAGCCCUUCCAUGGAAGUGCUGCCUCCUCCUUGAACUACCAAGUUGAGGUCUCCAAAGAGCCGUUUAGCAUCAAAGUGACCAGAAGAAGCAACGAUCGUCUUCUGUUUGAUUCGAGCAUUGGGCCGCUCCUGUUUGCUGAUCAGUUCCUGCAGUUCUCCAUCCGCCUGCCCAGCGCCAACGUGUAUGGUCUGGGGGAACAUGUGCACCAACAGUACCGGCAUGAUAUGAAUUGGAAGACCUGGCCUAUUUUUACCAGGGACACAACCCCCAGUGAGGAUGGAACUAACCUGUAUGGUGCUCAGACAUUCUUCCUGUGCCUGGAAGAUGCAAGUGGAUUGUCCUUUGGGGUAUUUCUGAUGAACAGCAACGCCAUGGAGGUUGCCCUCCAGCCUGCCCCAGCAGUCACUUACCGCACCAUCGGGGGAAUUCUCGACUUCUAUGUGUUCUUGGGAGACACACCCGAGCAAGUUGUUCAAGAAUAUCUAGAGCUCAUUGGACGGCCAGCCCUACCUUCAUACUGGGCUCUUGGAUUUCACCUCAGUCGUUACGAGUAUGGAACCCUGGAUAACAUGAGACAAGUCGUGGAGAGAAACCGUGCCGCACAACUCCCUUAUGACGUUCAGCAUGCUGACAUUGACUACAUGGACGAGAGGAAGGACUUCACCUAUGAUCCAGUGGACUUCAGCGGCUUUCCCGAGUUUGUUGAGGAGUUACACAGUAAUGGGCAGAAAUUGGUCAUCAUUGCGGACCCAGCCAUCUCUAACAACUCUCUCCCAAGUAAUCCCUAUGGCCCAUAUGACAGAGGUUCGGCUAUGAAGAUUUGGGUGAAUGAUUCAGACGGUGUGACUCCCAUCGUUGGAGAGGUCUGGCCUGGAACAACUGUGUUUCCUGAUUACACUAAUCCAACCUGUGCACUUUGGUGGGCAAAUGAAUUUGAGCUUUUCUACAAUCAAGUGAAAUUUGAUGGAAUUUGGAUUGAUAUGAAUGAAGUGGCCAAUUUUGUUGAUGGUUCGGUUUCAGGAUGUUCCACAAGCAACCUAAAUUAUCCUCCAUUCACUCCGAGAAUCCUGAAUGGGUACCUGUUCUCCAAGAGUCUCUGCAUGGAUGCAGUGCAGCACUGGGGCAAGCAGUAUGAUGUCCACAGUCUGUAUGGCUAUUCCAUGGCAAUCGCCACAGACGAAGCCAUCAAGACGGUGUUCCCUAGUAGGAGAAGCUUUAUUUUAACCCGCUCCACGUUUGCGGGGUCUGGCAAGUUUGCAGCCCAUUGGUUAGGAGACAACACAGCCACCUGGAAUGAUCUUCGGUGGUCCAUCCCUGGCGUGCUCGAGUUCAACCUUUUUGGAAUUCCCAUGGUGGGACCUGACAUUUGCGGCUAUUACCUGGAUGCCCCGGAGGAGCUCUGCAGGAGGUGGAUGCAGCUGGGAGCCUUUUACCCACUUUCCAGGAAUCACAACGGCCAAGGCUACAGGGACCAGGAUCCUGCCUCCUUCGGUGCUGACUCUCUGCUGUUGAAUUCCUCCCGGCACUACCUUAACAUCCGCUACACUCUGUUGCCCUACCUGUACACCCUCUUCUACCGAGCUCACAGUCGAGGUGACACGGUGGCCAGGCCCCUUCUGCACGAGUUCUACGGGGACAACAACACUUGGGAUGUGUACCAACAGUUUUUGUGGGGGCCAGGCCUCCUCAUCACUCCAGUUCUGGAAGAGGUCGGCAGAACCCUCUUGGUCUUAUCAUCGCCCUGGAUGAGAACAAAGAAGCGAAAGGUGAACUCUUCUGGGAUGAUGGAGACACCAGAGAUACUGUGGCCAACAAUGUUUAUCUUUUAUGUGAGUUUUCUGUCACCCAAAACCGCUUGGAUGUGAAGAUCUCACAAUCAACCUACAAGGACCCCAAUAAUUUAGCAUUUAAAGAGAUUAAAAUCUUUGGGACACAGAGACCUAACAAUGUUACAGUGACACACAAUGGUGUUCUAAGUCAGAUGUCUCCUAAAGUCACUUACGAUUAUAACCUGAAGGUUGCUGUUAUCACAGAAAUUGAGCUUGUCCUGGGAGAAGCGUACACGGUGGAGUGGACCUUGACGACGAGGGAUGAGGAAAAGAUCGACUGCUAUCCUGAUGAGCAGGGAGUUUCUGCAGACAACUGCAUUGCCCGUGGCUGUGUCUGGGAGGAAUCCGCUUCUCCUGGGGUCCCUUUCUGCUACUUCGUCAAUGAUCUAUACUCGGUCAGCAAUGUUCAGUAUCACUCAGAUGGAGCCACUGCCGACAUCUCCCUAAAGUCCUCUGUUGAAGCCAACGCCUUCCCUUCCACACCCGUGAACCCCCUGCGCCUGCAAGUGACCUACCACAAGAAUGAAAUGCUGCAGUUUAAGAUCUAUGACCCCAACAACAGUCGGUAUGAGGUCCCAGUCCCUCUGAACUUACCCGGGGUUCCAGCCAGCAGCCCUGAGAGUCGGCUCUACGAGGUCUCCAUUGGGGAGAACCCAUUCGGGGUGGUGAUUCGCCGCAAGAGCACAGGCGCUGUCAUCUGGGACUCUCAGCUGCUCGGCUUCCUGUUCAACGACCUGUUCAUCCGCAUCUCCACCCGCCUGCCCUCCGCGUACCUGUACGGCUUUGGGGAGACGGAGCACACGGCCUUCAGGAGAGACCUGAACUGGCACACGUGGGGCAUGUUCUCCCGAGACCAGCCCCCGGGGUACAAGAUGAAUUCCUAUGGUGUGCACCCCUACUACAUGGGCCUGGAGGAGGAUGGCAGUGCCCACGGAGUGCUCCUGCUGAACAGCAAUGCCAUGGAUGUGACGUUCCAGCCCACGCCCGCCCUGACUUACCGGACCACAGGGGGAGUUCUGGACUUCUAUGUGUUCUUGGGGCCAACACCAGAGCUUGUCACUCAGCAGUACACGGAGGUGAUUGGCCGUCCUGUGAUGGUGCCUUACUGGUCCCUGGGCUUCCAGCUGUGUCGCUAUGGCUAUGAGAAUGACACGGAGAUUGCCAACCUGUAUGAUGACAUGGUGGCGGCCCAGAUCCCCUAUGACGUGCAGUACUCAGACAUCGACUACAUGGAGCGGCAGCUGGACUUCACCCUCAGCCCCAAGUUUGCUGGGCUCCCAGCUCUGAUCCAGCGCCUGCAUGGCGAUGGGAUGCGGGUCAUCCUCAUCCUGGACCCAGCGAUCUCUGGCAAUGAGACGCAGCCUUACCCUGCCUUCACUCGGGGUGUGGAGGACGACGUCUUCAUCAAAUACCCAAAUGGCGGCAGCAUUGUCUGGGGAAAGGUCUGGCCUGACUACCCUGGUGUUGUUGUGAACAGCUCUCUGGACUGGGACAGCGAAGUGGAGAAAUACAGAGCUUAUGCGGCCUUCCCAGACUUUUUCCGUAAUUCAACUGUCAGCUGGUGGAAGAGGGAAAUACAAGAAAUGUACACCAACCCACAGAACCCAGAGAAGAGCUUGAAGUUUGACGGCUUAUGGAUUGACAUGAAUGAGCCGGCGAGCUUUGUGAACGGGGCAGUUCCUGCAGGCUGCACGGAUCCCACUCUGAACCAUCCGCCCUACAUGCCAUACCUGGAGUCCAGGGGCACGGGCCUGAGCAGCAAGACCCUGUGCAUGGAGAGCGAGCAGAUCCUGCCAGACGGCUCCCGUGUGCGGCACUACGACGUGCACAGCCUGUACGGGUGGUCCCAGACCAGACCCACCUACGAAGCCGUGCAGGAGGUGACGGGACAGCGAGGGAUCGUCAUCACCCGCUCCACGUUCCCCUCUUCUGGCCGCUGGGGGGGACACUGGCUGGGAGACAACACAGCCGCGUGGGACCAGCUGAGGAAGUCUAUCAUUGGCAUGAUGGAGUUCAGCCUCUUUGGCAUUCCCUAUACAGGAGCAGACAUCUGUGGGUUCUUUCAAGACGCUGAAUAUGAGAUGUGUGCUCGCUGGACGCAGCUGGGGGCCUUUUACCCCUUCUCCAGGAACCACAACACCAUUGGGACCAAGAGACAAGACCCUGUGUCCUGGAACGCCACCUUUGUGAAUCUUUCCAGAAGCGUCCUGGAGACCAGAUACACCCUGCUGCCCUAUCUCUACACCCUGAUGUACAAGGCCCACGUGGAGGGCAGCACUGUGGUGCGGCCUCUCCUGCACGAGUUUGUGUCAGACCGGGUGACCUGGGACAUAGAUGGUCAGUUCCUGCUGGGCCCGGCCUUCCUGGUCAGCCCUGUGCUGGAGCCUAACGCCAGAGAAGUCACUGCAUAUUUCCCGGGAGCCCUCUGGUAUGACUACUACACGGGUGCGGAUGUUAAUGCAAAGGCCCAGUGGAAGGUCCUGCCUGCCCCUCUUGACCACAUCAACCUUCACGUCCGUGGCGGCUACAUCCUGCCCUGGCAGGAGCCUGCGCUGAACACCAACCAGAGUCGGCAGAAUGCUCUUGGUCUCAUCAUCGCCCUGGAUGAGAACAAAGAAGCGAAAGGUGAACUCUUCUGGGAUGACGGAGACACCAGAGAUACUGUGGCCAGUAACGUCUAUCUUUUAUGUGAGUUUUCUGUCACCCAAAACCGCUUGGAUGUGAAGAUCUCACAGUCAGGCUACAAGGACCCCAACAAUUUAGCUUUUAAAGAGAUUAAAAUCUUUGGGACACAGGAACCUAGCAAUGUCACAGUGAAACACAAUGGUGUCCUGAGCCAGAUGUCUCCUAUGGUCACUUAUGAUUACAGCCUGAAGGUGGCUGUUAUCACAGAAAUUGACCUUGUCCUGGGAGAAGCGUACACGGUGGAGUGGACCUUGACGAUGAGGGAUGAGGAAAAGAUCGACUGCUAUCCUGAUGAGCAGGGAGUUUCUGCAGACAGCUGCAUUGCCCGUGGCUGUGUCUGGGAGGAAUCCACUUCUCCUGGGGUCCCUUUCUGCUACUUCGUCAAUGAUCUAUACUCGGUCAGCAAUGUUCAGUAUCACUCAGAUGGGGCCUCUGCUGACAUCUCCCUAAAGUCCUCUGUUGAAGCCAACGCCUUCCCUUCCACACCCGUGAACCCCCUGCGCCUGCAAGUGACCUACCACAAGAAUGAAAUGCUGCAGUUUAAGAUCUAUGACCCCAACAACAGUCGGUAUGAGGUCCCAGUCCCUCUGAACUUACCCGGGGUUCCAGCCAGCAGCCCUGAGAGUCGGCUCUACGAGGUCUCCAUUGGGGAGAACCCAUUCGGGGUGGUGGUUCGCCGCAAGAGCACAGGCGCUGUCAUCUGGGACUCUCAGCUGCUCGGCUUCCUGUUCAACGACCUGUUCAUCCGCAUCUCCACCCGCCUGCCCUCCGCGUACCUGUACGGCUUUGGGGAGACGGAGCACACGGCCUUCAGGAGAGACCUGAACUGGCACACGUGGGGCAUGUUCUCCCGAGACCAGCCCCCGGGGUACAAGAUGAAUUCCUAUGGUGUGCACCCCUACUACAUGGGCCUGGAGGAGGAUGGCAGUGCCCACGGAGUGCUCCUGCUGAACAGCAAUGCCAUGGAUGUGACGUUCCAGCCCACGCCCGCCCUGACGUACCGGACCACAGGGGGAGUUCUGGACUUCUAUGUGUUCUUGGGGCCCACUCCAGAGCUUGUCACUCAGCAGUACACCGAGGUGAUUGGCCGUCCUGUGAUGGUGCCUUACUGGUCCCUGGGCUUCCAGCUGUGUCGCUAUGGCUAUGAGAAUGACACGGAGAUUGCCAACCUGUAUGAUGACAUGGUGGCGGCCCAGAUCCCCUAUGACGUGCAGUACUCAGACAUCGACUACAUGGAGCGGCAGCUGGACUUCACCCUCAGCCCCAAGUUUGCUGGGCUCCCAGCUCUGAUCCAGCGCCUGCGUGGCGAUGGGAUGCGGGUCAUCCUCAUCCUGGACCCAGCGAUCUCUGGCAAUGAGACGCAGCCUUACCCUGCCUUCACUCGGGGUGUGGAGGACGACGUCUUCAUCAAAUACCCAAAUGGCGGCGGCAUUGUCUGGGGAAAGGUCUGGCCUGACUACCCUGGUGUUGUUGUGAACAGCUCUCUGGACUGGGACAGUCAAGUGGAGCAAUACAGAGCUUAUGCGGCCUUCCCAGACUUUUUCCGUAAUUCAACUGUCAGCUGGUGGAAGAGGGAAAUACAAGAAAUGUACACCAACCCACAGAACCCAGAGAAGAGCUUGAAGUUCGACGGCUUAUGGAUUGACAUGAAUGAACCGGCAAGCUUUGUGAAUGGGGCAGUUCCUGCAGGCUGCACGGAUCCCAUUCUGAACCAUCCCCCCUACAUGCCACACCUGGAGUCCAGGGGCACCGGCCUGAACAGCAAGACCCUGUGCAUGGAGAGCGAGCAGAUCCUGCCAGACGGCUCCCGUGUGCGGCACUACGACGUGCACAGCCUGUACGGGUGGUCCCAGACCAGACCCACCUACGAAGCCGUGCAGGAGGUGACGGGACAGCGAGGGAUCGUCAUCACCCGCUCCACGUUCCCCUCUUCUGGCCGCUGGGGGGGACACUGGCUGGGAGACAACACAGCCGCGUGGGACCAGCUGAGGAAGUCUAUCAUUGGCAUGAUGGAGUUCAGCCUCUUUGGCAUUCCCUAUACAGGAGCAGACAUCUGUGGGUUCUUUCAAGACGCUGAAUAUGAGAUGUGUGCUCGCUGGAUGCAGCUGGGGGCCUUUUACCCCUUCUCCAGGAACCACAACACUGAAGGGACCAAGAGACAGGACCCUGUGUCCUGGAACGCCACCUUUGUGAAUCUUUCCAGAAGCGUCCUGGAGACCAGAUACACCCUGCUGCCCUAUCUCUACACCCUGAUGCACAAGGCCCACGUGGAGGGCAGCACAGUGGUGCGGCCUCUCCUGCACGAGUUUGUGUCAGACCGGGUGACCUGGGACAUAGACGGUCAGUUCCUGCUGGGCCCGGCCUUCCUGGUCAGCCCUGUGCUGGAGCCUAAUGCCAGAGAAGUCACUGCGUAUUUCCCUGAAGACCGCUGGUAUGACUACUACACAGGUGCGGAUGUUAAUGCAAAGGCCCAGUGGAAGGUCCUGCCCGCCCCUCUUGACCACAUCAACCUUCACGUCCGUGGCGGCUACAUCCUGCCCUGGCAGGAGCCUGCGCUGAACACCAACCAGAGUCGGCAGAAUGCUCUUGGUCUCAUCAUCGCCCUGGAUGACAACAAAGAAGCGAAAGGUGAACUCUUCUGGGAUGACGGAGACACCAAAGAUACUGUGGCCAAUAAUGUUUACCUCUUAUGUGAAUUUUCCGUCACCCAAAACCACUUGGAUGUGAAGAUCUCACAAUCAACCUACAAGGACCCGAAUAAUCUAGCAUUUAAAGAGAUUAAAAUCUUUGGAUCACAGGAACCUAGCAAUGUUACAGUGAAACACAAUGGGAUUCUAACUCAGAUGGCUCCCAAGGUCACUUAUGAUUAUAACCUGAAGGUGGCUGUUAUCACAGAAAUUGACCUUGCCCUGGGAGAAGCGUACACGGUGGAGUGGACCUUGACGACGAGGGAUGAGGAAAAGAUCGACUGCUAUCCUGAUGAGCAGGGAGUUUCUGCAGACAACUGCGUUGCCCGUGGCUGUGUCUGGGAGGAAUCCGCUUCUCCUGGGGUCCCUUUCUGCUACUUCGUCAAUGAUCUAUACUCGGUCAGCAAUGUUCAGUAUCACUCAGAUGGAGCCACUGCCGACAUCUCCCUAAAGUCCUCUGUUGAAGCCAACGCCUUCCCUUCCACACCCGUGAACCCCCUGCGCCUGCAAGUGACCUACCACAAGAAUGAAAUGCUGCAGUUUAAGAUCUAUGACCCCAACAACAGUCGGUAUGAGGUCCCAGUCCCUCUGAACCUACCCGGGGUUCCAGCCAGCAGCCCUGAGAGUCGGCUCUACGAGGUCUCCAUUGGGGAGAACCCAUUCGGGGUGGUGAUUCGCCGCAAGAGCACAGGCGCUGUCAUCUGGGACUCUCAGCUGCUCGGCUUCCUGUUCAACGACCUGUUCAUCCGCAUCUCCACCCGCCUGCCCUCCGCGUACCUGUACGGCUUUGGGGAGACGGAGCACACGGCCUUCCGGAGAGACCUGAACUGGCACACGUGGGGCAUGUUCUCCCGAGACCAGCCCCCGGGGUACAAGAUGAAUUCCUAUGGUGUGCACCCCUACUACAUGGGCCUGGAGGAGGAUGGCAGUGCCCACGGAGUGCUCCUGCUGAACAGCAAUGCCAUGGAUGUGACGUUCCAGCCCACGCCUGCCCUGACGUACCGGACCACAGGGGGAGUUCUGGACUUCUAUGUGUUCUUGGGGCCCACUCCAGAGCUUGUCACUCAGCAGUACACUGAGGUGAUUGGCCGUCCUGUGAUGGUGCCUUACUGGUCCCUGGGCUUCCAGCUGUGUCGCUAUGGCUAUGAGAAUGACACGGAGAUUGCCAACCUGUAUGAUGACAUGGUGGCGGCCCAGAUCCCCUAUGACGUGCAGUACUCAGACAUCGACUACAUGGAGCGGCAGCUGGACUUCACCCUCAGCCCCAAGUUUGCUGGGCUCCCAGCUCUGAUCCAGCGCCUGCGUGGCGAUGGGAUGCGGGUCAUCCUCAUCCUGGACCCAGCGAUCUCUGGCAAUGAGACGCAGCCUUACCCUGCCUUCACUCGGGGUGUGGAGGACGACGUCUUCAUCAAAUACCCAAAUGGCGGCGGCAUUGUCUGGGGAAAGGUCUGGCCUGACUACCCUGAUGUUGUUGUGAACAGCUCUCUGGACUGGGACAGUCAAGUGGAGCAAUACAGAGCUUAUGCGGCCUUCCCAGACUUUUUCCGUAAUUCAACUGUCAGCUGGUGGAAGAGGGAAAUACAAGAAAUGUACACCAACCCACAGAAUCCCGAGAAGAGCUUGAAGUUCGACGGCUUAUGGAUUGACAUGAAUGAACCAGCGAGCUUUGUGAAUGGGGCAGUUCCUGCAGGCUGCACGGAUCCCACUCUGAACCAUCCCCCCUACAUGCCACACCUGGAGUCCAGGGGCACAGGCCUGAACAGCAAGACCUUGUGCAUGGAGAGUGAACAGAUCCUGCCAGACGGCUCCCGUGUGCGGCACUACGACGUGCACAACCUGUAUGGGUGGUCCCAGACCAGACCCACCUACGAAGCCGUGCAGGAGGUGACGGGACAGCGAGGGAUCGUCAUCACCCGCUCCACGUUCCCCUCUUCUGGCCGCUGGGGUGGACACUGGCUGGGAGACAACACAGCCGCGUGGGACCAGCUGAGGAAGUCUAUCAUUGGCAUGAUGGAGUUCAGCCUCUUUGGCAUUCCCUAUACAGGAGCAGACAUCUGUGGGUUCUUUCAAGACGCCGAAUAUGAGAUGUGUGCUCGCUGGAUGCAGCUGGGGGCCUUUUACCCCUUCUCCAGGAACCACAACACCGAAGGGACCAAGAGACAAGACCCUGUGUCCUGGAACGCCACCUUUGUGAAUCUUUCCAGAAGCGUCCUGGAGACCAGAUACACCCUGCUGCCCUAUCUCUACACCCUGAUGUACAAGGCCCACGCGGAGGGCAGCACUGUGGUGCGGCCUCUCCUGCACGAGUUUGUGUCAGACCGGGUGACCUGGGACAUAGAUGGUCAGUUCCUGCUGGGCCCGGCCUUCCUGGUCAGCCCUGUGCUGGAGCCCAAUGCCAGAGAAGUCACUGUGUAUUUCCCUGGAGCCCGCUGGUAUGACUACUACACGGGUGCGGAUGUUAAUGCAAAGGCCCAGUGGAAGGUCCUGCCCGCCCCUCUUGACCACAUCAACCUUCAUGUCCGGGGCGGCUACAUCCUGCCCUGGCAGGAGCCUGCGCUGAACACCAACCAGAGUCGGCAGAACGCUCUUGGUCUUAUCAUCGCCCUGGAUGAGAACAAAGAAGCGAAAGGUGAACUCUUCUGGGAUGACGGAGACACCAAAGAUACUGUGGCCAAUAACGUUUACCUUUUGUGUGAGUUUUCCGUCACCCAAAACCUCCUGGAUGUGAAGGUUUCACAAGCAGGCUACAGAGAUCCCAACAAUUUAGCCUUUAAAGAGAUUAAAAUCUUUGGGACACAGGAACCUAGCAAUGUUACCGUGAAGCACAACGGUGUCCUGAGUCAGAUGUCUCCUAAAGUCACUUACGAUCACAACCUGAAGGUUGCUGUUAUCACAGAAAUUGACCUUGUCCUGGGAGAAGCGUACACGGUGGAGUGGACCUUGACGACGACGAGGGAUGAGGAAAAGAUCGACUGCUAUCCUGAUGAGCAGGGAGUUUCUGCAGACAGCUGCAUUGCCCGUGGCUGUGUCUGGGAGGAAUCCACUUCUCCUGGGGUCCCUUUCUGCUACUUCGUCAAUGAUCUAUACUCGGUCAGCAAUGUUCAGUAUAACUCAGAUGGAGCCACUGCUGACAUCUCCCUAAAGUCCUCUGUUGAAGCCAACGCCUUCCCUUCCACACCCGUGAACCCCCUGCGCCUGCAAGUGACCUACCACAAGAAUGAAAUGCUGCAGUUUAAGAUCUAUGACCCCAACAACAGUCGGUAUGAGGUCCCAGUCCCUCUGAACUUACCCGGGGUUCCAGCCAGCAGCCCUGAGAGUCGGCUCUACGAGGUCUCCAUUGGGGAGAACCCAUUCGGGGUGGUGAUUCGCCGCAAGAGCACAGGCGCUGUCAUCUGGGACUCUCAGCUGCUCGGCUUCCUGUUCAACGACCUGUUCAUCCGCAUCUCCACCCGCCUGCCCUCCGCGUACCUGUAUGGCUUUGGGGAGACGGAGCACACGGCCUUCAGGAGAGACCUGAACUGGCACACGUGGGGCAUGUUCUCCCGAGAUCAGCCCCCGGGGUACAAGAUGAAUUCCUAUGGGGUGCACCCCUACUACAUGGGCCUGGAGGAGGAUGGCAGUGCCCACGGAGUGCUCCUGUUGAACAGCAACGCCAUGGAUGUGACGUUCCAGCCCACGCCCGCCCUGACGUACCGGACCACAGGGGGAGUUCUGGACUUCUAUGUGUUCUUGGGGCCCACUCCAGAGCUUGUCACUCAGCAGUACACCGAGGUGAUUGGCCGUCCUGUGAUGGUGCCUUACUGGUCCCUGGGCUUCCAGCUGUGUCGCUAUGGCUAUGAGAAUGACACGGAGAUUGCCAACCUGUAUGAUGACAUGGUGGCGGCCCAGAUCCCCUAUGACGUGCAGUACUCAGACAUCGACUACAUGGAGCGGCAGCUGGACUUCACCCUCAGCCCCAAGUUUGCUGGGCUCCCAGCUCUGAUCCAGCGCCUGCGUGGCGAUGGGAUGCGGGUCAUCCUCAUCCUGGACCCAGCGAUCUCUGGCAAUGAGACGCAGCCUUACCCUGCCUUCACUCGGGGUGUGGAGGACGACGUCUUCAUCAAAUACCCAAAUGGCGGCGGCAUUGUCUGGGGAAAGGUCUGGCCUGACUACCCUGGUGUUGUUGUGAACAGCUCUCUGGACUGGGACAGUCAAGUGGAGCAAUACCGAGCUUAUGCGGCCUUCCCAGACUUUUUCCGUAAUUCAACUGUCAGCUGGUGGAAGAGGGAAAUACAAGAAAUGUACACCAACCCACAGAAUCCCGAGAAGAGCUUGAAGUUCGACGGCUUAUGGAUUGACAUGAAUGAGCCGGCGAGCUUUGUGAAUGGGGCAGUUCCUGCAGGCUGCACGGAUUCCACUCUGAACCAUCCCCCCUACAUGCCACACCUGGAGUCCAGGGGCACGGGCCUGAACAGCAAGACCUUGUGCAUGGAGAGCGAGCAGAUCCUGCCAGACGGCUCCCGUGUGCGGCACUACGACGUGCACAGCCUGUACGGGUGGUCUCAGACCAGACCCACCUACGAAGCCGUGCAGGAGGUGACGGGACAGCGAGGGAUCGUCAUCACCCGCUCCACGUUCCCCUCUUCUGGCCGCUGGGGGGGACACUGGCUGGGAGACAACACAGCCGCGUGGGACCAGCUGAGGAAGUCUAUCAUUGGCAUGAUGGAGUUCAGCCUCUUUGGCAUUCCCUAUACAGGAGCAGACAUCUGUGGGUUCUUUCAAGACGCCGAAUAUGAGAUGUGUGCUCGCUGGAUGCAGCUGGGGGCCUUUUACCCCUUCUCCAGGAACCACAACACCGAAGGGACCAAGAGACAAGACCCUGUGUCCUGGAACGCCACCUUUGUGAAUCUUUCCAGAAGCGUCCUGGAGACCAGAUACACCCUGCUGCCCUAUCUCUACACCCUGAUGUACAAGGCCCACGUGGAGGGCAGCACUGUGGUGCGGCCUCUCCUGCACGAGUUUGUGUCAGACCGGGUGACCUGGGACAUAGACGGUCAGUUCCUGCUGGGCCCGGCCUUCCUGGUCAGCCCUGUGCUGGAGCCUAACACCAGAGAAGUCACCGCGUAUUUCCCUGAAGCCCGCUGGUAUGACUACUACACGGGUGCGGAUGUUAAUGCAAAGGCCCAGUGGAAGGUCCUGCCCGCCCCCCUUGACCACAUCAACCUUCACGUCCGGGGCGGCUACAUCCUGCCCUGGCAGGAGCCUGCGCUGAACACCAACCAGAGUCGGCAGAACGCUCUUGGUCUCAUCAUCGCCCUGGAUGAGAACAAAGAAGCGAAAGGUGAACUCUUCUGGGAUGACGGAGACACCAGAGAUACUGUGGCAAACAAUGUUUAUCUUUUAUGUGAAUUUUCCGUCACCCAAAACCACCUGGAUGUGAAGGUUUCACAGUCAGGCUACAAGGACCCCAACAGUUUAUCAUUUAAGGAGAUUAAAAUCUUUGGGACGCAGGAACCUAGCAAUGUUACAGUGAAGCACAAUGGUGUCCUAAUUCAGACGUCUCCUAAAGUCACUUACGAUUAUAACCUGAAGGUGGCUGUUAUCACAGAAAUUGACCUUGUCCUGGGAGAAGCGUACACGGUGGAGUGGACCUUGACGACGAGGGAUGAGGAAAAGAUCGACUGCUAUCCUGAUGAGCAGGGAGUUUCUGCAGACAACUGCAUUGCCCGUGGCUGUGUCUGGGAGGAAUCCGCUUCUCCUGGGGUCCCUUUCUGCUACUUCGUCAAUGAUCUAUACUCGGUCAGCAAUGUUCAGUAUCACUCAGAUGGAGCCACUGCCGACAUCUCCCUAAAGUCCUCUGUUGAAUCCAACGCCUUCCCUUCCACACCCGUGAACCCCCUGCGCCUGCAAGUGACCUACCACAAGAAUGAAAUGCUGCAGUUUAAGAUCUAUGACCCAAACAACAGCCGGUAUGAGGUCCCAGUCCCUCUGAACUUACCCGGAGUUCCAGCCAGCAGCCCUGAGAGUCGGCUCUACGAGGUCUCCAUUGGGGAGAACCCAUUCGGGGUGGUGAUUCGCCGCAAGAGCACAGGCGCUGUCAUCUGGGACUCUCAGCUGCUCGGCUUCCUGUUCAAUGACCUGUUCAUCCGCAUCUCCACCCGCCUGCCCUCCGCGUACCUGUACGGCUUUGGGGAGACGGAGCACACGGCCUUCAGGAGAGACCUGAACUGGCACACGUGGGGCAUGUUCUCCCGAGACCAGCCCCCGGGGUACAAGAUGAAUUCCUAUGGGGUGCACCCCUACUACAUGGGCCUGGAGGAGGAUGGCAGUGCCCACGGAGUGCUCCUGUUGAACAGCAACGCCAUGGAUGUGACUUUCCAGCCCACGCCUGCCCUGACUUACCGGACCACAGGGGGAGUUCUGGACUUCUAUGUGUUCUUGGGGCCCACUCCAGAGCUUGUCACUCAGCAGUACACCGAGGUGAUUGGCCGUCCUGUGAUGGUGCCUUACUGGUCCCUGGGCUUCCAGCUGUGUCGCUAUGGCUAUGAGAAUGACACGGAGAUUGCCAACCUGUAUGAUGACAUGGUGGCGGCCCAGAUCCCCUAUGACGUGCAGUACUCAGACAUCGACUACAUGGAGCGGCAGCUGGACUUCACCCUCAGCCCCAAGUUUGCUGGGCUCCCAGCUCUGAUCCAGCGCCUGCGUGGUGAUGGGAUGCGGGUCAUCCUCAUCCUGGACCCAGCGAUCUCUGGCAAUGAGACGCAGCCUUACCCUGCCUUCACUCGGGGUGUGGAGGACGACGUCUUCAUCAAAUACCCAAAUGGCGGCGGCAUUGUCUGGGGAAAGGUCUGGCCUGAUUACCCUGAUGUUGUUGUGAACAACUCUCUGGAUUGGGACAGUCAAGUGGAGCAAUACAGAGCUUAUGUGGCCUUCCCAGACUUUUUCCGUAAUUCAACUGCCAGCUGGUGGAAAAGGGAAAUUGAAGAAAUGUACAGCAAUCCACAGAGUCCGGAGAAGAGUUUGAAGUUUGACGGCAUAUGGAUUGACAUGAAUGAACCAGCGAGCUUUGUGAAUGGGGCAGUUCCUGCAGGCUGCACGGAUCCCAUUCUGAACCAUCCCCCCUACAUGCCACACCUGGAGUCCAGGGGCACGGGCCUGAACAGCAAGACCCUGUGCAUGGAGAGUGAGCAGAUCCUGCCAGAUGGCUCCCAUGUGCGGCACUACGACGUGCACAGCCUGUACGGGUGGUCCCAGACCAGAGCCACCUACGAAGCCGUGCAGGAGGUGACAGGACAGCGAGGGAUCGUCAUCACCCGCUCCACGUUCCCCUCUUCUGGCCGCUGGGGUGGACACUGGCUGGGAGACAACACAGCCGCGUGGGACCAGCUGAGGAAGUCUAUCAUUGGCAUGAUGGAGUUCAGCCUCUUUGGCAUUCCCUAUACAGGAGCAGACAUCUGUGGGUUCUUUCAAGACGCUGAAUAUGAGAUGUGUGCUCGCUGGACGCAGCUGGGGGCCUUUUACCCCUUCUCCAGGAACCACAACACCAUUGGGACCAAGAGACAGGACCCUGUGUCCUGGAACGCCACCUUUGUGAAUCUUUCCAGAAGCGUCCUGGAGACCAGAUACACCCUGCUGCCCUAUCUCUACACCCUGAUGUACAAGGCCCACGUGGAGGGCAGCACUGUGGUGCGGCCUCUCCUGCACGAGUUUGUGUCAGACCGGGUGACCUGGGACAUAGACGGUCAGUUCCUGCUGGGCCCGGCCUUCCUGGUCAGCCCUGUGCUGGAGCCUAAUGCCAGAGAAGUCACCGCAUAUUUCCCUGAAGCCCGCUGGUAUGACUACUACACGGGUGCGAAUGUUGAUGCAAAGGCCCAGUGGAAGGUCCUGCCCGCCCCUCUUGACCACAUCAACCUUCACGUCCGGGGCGGCUACAUCCUGCCCUGGCAGGAGCCUGCGCUGAACACCAACCAGAGUCGGCAGAACGCUCUUGGUCUUAUCAUCGCCCUGGAUGAGAACAAAGAAGCGAAAGGUGAACUGUUCUGGGAUGAUGGAGACACCAGAGAUACUGUGGCCAAUAAUGUUUAUAUUUUAUGUGAGUUUUCCGUCAUCCAAAAUCGCUUGGAUGUGAAGGUUUCACAAUCAGGCUACAAGGACCCCAAUAAUUUAACAUUUAAGGAGAUUAAAAUCUUUGGGACGCAGGAACCUAGCAAUGUGACGGUGAAGCACAAUGGUGUCCUGAGCCAGAUGUCUCCUAGAAUCACUUAUGAUUAUAACCUGAAGGUUGCUGUUAUCACAGAAAUUGACCUUGUCCUGGGAGAAGCGUACAUGGUGGAGUGGACCUUGACGACGAGGGAUGAGGAAAAGAUCGACUGCUAUCCUGAUGAGCAGGGAGUUUCUGCAGACAGCUGCGUUGCCCGUGGCUGUGUCUGGGAGGAAUCCAGUUCUCCUGGGGUCCCUUUCUGCUACUUCGUCAAUGAUCUAUACUCGGUCAGCAAUGUUCAGUAUCACUCAGAUGGGGCCUCUGCUGACAUCUCCCUAAAGUCCUCUGUUGAAUCCAACACCUUCCCUUCCACACCUGUGAACCCCCUGCGCCUGCAAGUGACCUACCACAAGAAUGAAAUGCUGCAGUUUAAGAUCUAUGACCCCAACAACAGCCGGUAUGAGGUCCCAGUCCCUCUGAACUUACCCGGGGUUCCAGCCAGCAGCCCUGAGAGUCGGCUCUACGAGGUCUCCAUUGGGGAGAACCCAUUCGGGGUGGUGAUUCGCCGCAAGAGCACAGGCGCUGUCAUCUGGGACUCUCAGCUGCUCGGCUUCCUGUUCAACGACCUGUUCAUCCGCAUCUCCACCCGCCUGCCCUCCGCGUACCUGUACGGCUUUGGGGAGACGGAGCACACGGCCUUCCGGAGAGACCUGAACUGGCACACGUGGGGCAUGUUUUCCCGAGACCAGCCCCCGGGGUACAAGAUGAAUUCCUAUGGUGUGCACCCCUACUACAUGGGCCUGGAGGAGGAUGGCAGUGCCCACGGAGUGCUCCUGCUGAACAGCAAUGCCAUGGAUGUGACGUUCCAGCCCACGCCUGCCCUGACGUACCGGACCACAGGGGGAGUUCUGGACUUCUAUGUGUUCUUGGGGCCCACUCCAGAGCUUGUCACUCAGCAGUACACGGAGGUGAUUGGCCGUCCUGUGAUGGUGCCUUACUGGUCCCUGGGCUUCCAGCUGUGUCGCUAUGGCUAUGAGAAUGACACGGAGAUUGCCAACCUGUAUGAUGACAUGGUGGCGGCCCAGAUCCCCUAUGACGUGCAGUACUCAGACAUCGACUACAUGGAGCGGCAGCUGGACUUCACCCUCAGCCCCAAGUUUGCUGGGCUCCCAGCUCUGAUCCAGCGCCUGCGUGGCGAUGGGAUGCGGGUCAUCCUCAUCCUGGACCCAGCGAUCUCUGGCAAUGAGACGCAGCCUUACCCUGCCUUCACUCGGGGUGUGGAGGACGACGUCUUCAUCAAAUACCCAAAUGGCGGCGGCAUUGUCUGGGGAAAGGUCUGGCCUGACUACCCUGAUGUUGUUGUGAACAGCUCUCUGGACUGGGACAGUCAGGUGGAGCAAUACAGAGCUUAUGCAGCCUUCCCAGACUUUUUCCGUAAUUCAACUGUCAGCUGGUGGAAGAGGGAAAUACAAGAAAUGUACACCAACCCACAGAAUCCCGAGAAGAGCUUGAAGUUCGACGGCUUAUGGAUUGACAUGAAUGAACCAGCGAGCUUUGUGAAUGGGGCAGUUCCUGCAGGCUGCACGGAUACCACUCUGAACCAUCCCCCCUACAUGCCACACCUGGAGUCCAGGGGCACAGGCCUGAGCAGCAAGACCCUGUGCAUGGAGAGUGAGCAGAUCCUGCCAGACGGCUCCCAUGUGCGGCACUACGACGUGCACAACCUGUAUGGGUGGUCCCAGACCAGACCCACCUACGAAGCCGUGCAGGAGGUGACGGGACAGCGAGGGAUCGUCAUCACCCGCUCCACGUUCCCCUCUUCUGGCCGCUGGGGGGGACACUGGCUGGGAGACAACACAGCCGCGUGGGACCAGCUGAGGAAGUCUAUCAUUGGCAUGAUGGAGUUCAGCCUCUUUGGCAUUCCCUAUACAGGAGCAGACAUCUGUGGGUUCUUUCAAGACGCCGAAUAUGAGAUGUGUGCUCGCUGGAUGCAGCUGGGGGCCUUUUACCCCUUCUCCAGGAACCACAACACCGAAGGGACCAAGAGACAGGACCCUGUGUCCUGGAAUGCCACCUUUGUGAAUCUUUCCAGAAGCGUCCUGGAGACCAGAUACACCCUGCUGCCCUAUCUCUACACCCUGAUGCACAAGGCCCACGUGGAGGGCAGCACUGUGGUGCGGCCUCUCCUGCACGAGUUUGUGUCAGACCGGGUGACCUGGGACAUAGACGGUCAGUUCCUGCUGGGCCCGGCCUUCCUGGUCAGCCCUGUGCUGGAGCCUAACGCCAGAGAAGUCACUGCGUAUUUCCCUGAAGCCCGCUGGUAUGACUACUACACAGGUGUGGAUAUAAAUGCAAGGGGAGAGUGGAAGGUCCUGCCCGCCCCUCUUGACCACAUCAACCUUCACGUCCGUGGCGGCUACAUCCUGCCCUGGCAGGAGCCUGCGCUGAACACCAACCAGAGCCGCCAGAAGUUCUUGGGCUUCAAGGUUGCCUUGGAUGACGAAGGGACUGCCGAGGGCUGGCUCUUCUGGGAUGAUGGGCAAAGCAUUGAUACCUAUGAACAAGGACUCUAUUAUUUGGCCAACUUCUCUGCCAGCCAGAAUACUCUGCAGAGCCACAUAGUUUUUAACAAUUACAUCAGUGACGCAAACCCUUUGAACCUGGGCUACAUUGAAAUCUGGGGAGUAAGCAGUGUCUCCAUUACCAGUGUCAGCAUCACUCUGAGCAACAUGGACGUAACCCCCUUCUUCAGCCAGGACCCUGCCACACAGGUGUUACGUGUCGAUGUGAGCGGCAGUAACGUCAGCCUCCAUGACUUCAUCUCACUGACAUGGAGAAGCACAACGAGCUCUCAGCGCAAGAGCCUGAUAUGAAUUAUGGAAUCUCUUGUGUUUCAUACGCAUAGAAUGAUUGUAUAUUGCUAAUUGUCUCAUGCCCAAU